GUGGGUUUGGAUACUCACAUACGAAGGGGACACAAUAUCGCCUUCUCGUUGAUUAUUUUCUUCGAUAUCAUCGAGUUCACGAUAUCAGCCUGGCUCACGUCACAAUUCAACGCUCACCAUAACUACUUCAGUCUAGCUGGACGAGACUGCACUCGUUUUCUAUUGUUUACUUCCACAUGGACACUCAUAUUUUCUAGUCACCACAUGUUUUUCUUCCUGCUUCCUCCAGACAGUGUCUUGUGUAGUAUGGCUUCUCAUAUUUUCUUCUUGUAUCUAACAUGGGUCUUCUGGGCCGUGGGCGCUGCAAGUAUAACUGCAGCUCUGGGUGGACAACUGAAUCGCAAUGCCCAAAACCUUUUCGCGUAUUGUGGUCACCUCAUCGCGCUAGAUGUCUUUUCUUGGGUUAUUUUGGUUCUUGUCACUUUCGCAAUCUUUGUCGUGCACACUCGCAACAUUCUCGCAUCAGGCGGAGCACGUGAGCCACAGAUUGCUUGA